UUUCUCUCAGUGUGCUUGUGCUUUUGGUUUUGAGAGAAAGCAAACAAAAUGGCAGAGGCUAUUUUAAAGAAAGAAGAGGACUCCUUCACAUGUCCAGUCUGUCUAGAUCUGCUGAAGGAUCCAGUGUCUAUUCCCUGUGGACAUAAUUUCUGCAUGAGGUGCAUUGAGGGCUGCUGGGAUCAGAGAGGAGUCUACAGCUGCCCCCUGUGCAAAGACACCUUCACUCCCAGACCUAAAAUAAAAAAAAAUGCUCUGAUUGCUGAAAUGGUGGAGACAUUUAUGAUGACCAGAAUCCAAGCUUCUCCUAUUUCUCCCUCUAAUGCCGGACUUGGAGAUGUGGAGUGUGACGUCUGCACUGGGAGAAAACUCAAAGCUGUGAAGUCCUGUCUGGAAUGUCUGGUGUCAUACUGUGAAACUCACUACAAAGCUCACAAUGAACUUAUUCCUGGACGAAAACACAAGGUGAUUGAUGCCACAGGCCAGCUACAGGACAGGAUCUGCUCUCAUCAUAAGAAGGUUUUUGAAAUAUUUUGUCGAACCGAUCAGAGUUGUAUCUGCUAUCUGUGCACGAUGGACAAACAUAAAGGCCAUGACACAGUCACUGCUGCAGCAGAAUGGACAGACAAACAGAGGCAGUUGGGGCAGACCCAGAGGAGAUUCCAGCAGAGAAUCCAGGAGAGAGAGAAGGAGCUGCAGGAGCUGAGGAAGGCUGUGAAGACUCUCAAGAGCUCUGCACAGACAGCAGUGGAGGACAGUGAGAGGAUCUUUACUGAGAUGAUCCGCUCCAUUGAGAGAAGGCGCUCUGAGGUCAAAGAGCUGAUCAGAGCUCAGGAGAAGGUUGAGGUGAGUCGGGCUGAAGGACUCCUGAAGCGACUGGAGCAGGAGAUUGCUGAGCUGAAGAGGAGAGAUGCUGAGCUGGAAGAGCUUUCACACACAGAGGAUCACAUCCAUUUCCUCAAGAAUUUCCCGUCAAUCAGAGACUCUCCUCACUCUAAAGACUUUCCCAACAUGACCUUCAACCAAAGCUUCUCUUUUGAGGCUAUGAAGGAAUCUGUCUGUGCAGUGAAGGUGCAGCUGGAGGAGAAACUGGAUGACAUCUUCAGGCAGGAAGUAGUCAGGAUAUCUGCAGCAGUGACGAAUAUCCAGAUCAUCCAGUCUUUAGAAUAUGCUGAUCCUGAGCUCCCAGUCAGAAGAUCAAACAGUAAGGAGAAUCUGCCAUCAAACAUGUCAGAAGUCCAGGCUGUUUUUCCUGAACCAGCGACCAGAGAGGAGUUCUCACAGUACUCCUGUCACUUCACACUGGAUCCAAACACAGCACACAGAAACCUCCAUCUGUCUGAGGGGAACAGGAGGGUGGAAAGGAGAGAUGAGGUGCAGUCAUAUCCUGAUCAUCCGGAGAGAUUUGAUGAGAUGUAUCAGGUGCUGUGUAGAGAGAGAGUGUCUGGACGAUGCUACUGGGAGGUUGAGUGGAGUAGGUGGGUUUAUAUAUCAGUCUCAUAUAAAAGCAUCAGCAGGAAAGGAAGGGGUAAUGAGUGUGGGUUUGGAUAUAAUGAUCAGUCCUGGAGUCUGAUCACCUCCAGCAGCAGCUCCUCUUUCUGGCACAAUAAUAAAGAGACUAAACUCCCUCUAGUGGCCAGCUCCAGAAUAGGAGUGUAUGUGGAUCACAGGGCAGGAACUCUGGCCUUCUACAGCGUCUCUGACACAAUGACCCUCGUGCACAGAGUCCAGACCACAUUCACUCACACUCUCUACCCUGGGUUUGGGUUUGGGUUUGGGAUUGCGUAUGUGUUUGGUUCAUCAGUGAAGCUGUUGUGACUGAGAUGUACAGAUGCUGAAUCCAGACUACAUUCACCCAGCCUCUCUACCCUGGGUUUAGGGUUAGACAUUAGAUCGACAGUAAAGCUGUUGUGACUCUGGUGUGGAGUGCUGGGGUGACCCCACGUAUUGGCAGGUGUACCGCACUGGUGUGGUGGUGGUCUGGGAAGAAAACAAUGCUCAGCAGACGACAUCUGAGCUGAACUUAGAAUUUAUUUACAACCCAUGAUGAAUAAAAUGCAAAUAAAAACAGAAAGAACCUAUUUGUUAAAUUACCUUUUUUGUAUUAGAUUAUCUUGAUUACAGUUUUUCGCGAUAGCUUACACACUAUAACUGGGCCUCUCAACUAAACAUCCCAAACCAUGAUGCCAUCUACCAAAAGACAGACUAAUUUCCCAAAACUAUAAACACUAUCACCCUGUUUUCACACAUGAUUCAGAUUUGUUGAACUUUUUGUGCAAAACUCUACACACAAAUCCCUUCAUAUAUCACUGGCUGCACCAUGUGCUCAUAUAGUAAGCACUGGCAUUCAAUUUAAUUAACUGAAGUCAUCACAGCUCAAACCCAACUAUCACACAAUUCCCCAGGUGGAAACACUAAGAGUCAAAAGUGGUCGUACACCAAUCAGAACCUCAGGGUAGGUAGAUUAAUGGGCCAUGGGUCACUUUACUUGUGUUGGAACAAUAGAUCCACAAAGACCACAAAGUACAAACUGUUUUCC